UUGUCACAAAGAAAUGAGGAAACAUUUACAAAAAUGUAUUGGACAAAUUACAUUUUUUUUUUUCUAUUAGCACGUGGGUAAUCUCGAUUAAGUGAAACUGUUUCCUCGUCUUAUCAUUCAACGUUUCCUAUGAGUUCCUGUUAUCUGUUUCUUUCUCGGCUCACAAUUGGACUGGAAAUCAAUUCAUAAAUUGAUAAAUCACUUAACAGUAUUUAAUAGAAUCUCGAGUAAGAAUUAUUCCUAUUAACCCUUAGUAGCACGAAAUAUUUGUCCUAUAUAUUUUAUUUAUUAUAGUGGAAAAAUAUGGAAAAUACUGUCACAAACGAUUGUAAGAGAAUGCUGGCUCGUCACGGGGCUGACACGUGUCUUUAAAGCGAAAAUUUAGUUGCAGCUAAACGUCACAGAUGGCGACGUUCGUCCUAAAAAGUCGUCGGAAUAAUGAUUUCACGGUAUUUCGACAGUUUUACAUCGAUCUCUUCGCCAUUACAUUGCCGAAAUUACAUAUGGAACGUUUCAGUUCGUAUAAUUCUCAACGUAGACUGUAAAAGACUUAAACGUAAAUAUAAAUGUCGGUAACGGGACGCGCCAGCUUAUGUUACUACUUUAGUACUCAAAACGGCAUUACCACCAAAAAGGGCAUACAUGAAUUUUAAUUUAUCGGCGCCUUUCAUAUCAUCUUGAAAAUAUUUUGUGUCACUUAGAGAGUGAAUGAAACAAUGCCUCGAGAUCUCCAGUCACUGCAGGAAACUACGGUGCCUAGAUGGCGCUAAUUCAUUAUCUACAGUAUGAACGUCACACACUCUGAUGAUUAUUAUCGCGUUCCGGGAAAUUUUCAACAGUUCAUAACUAGAAGUCAAAAGUACGGUCAUGGAUAAAAGAUAAUAAGUAACGUCCAAGAAAUGUACCAUUUUCUUUUUAUAUUUCUAAUUGUACAUAGGAAUACGUCACGUGGAAAUAUGUGAUUUAAUUUACGGGUGCGAAUAGUGUACCAAUAACAUGAUAUAUAACAAAUAUUAUUCUAAAGCUUACGUGACUCGAGUUAUGUGCCCUGCGUGGAAGGACUUGGGGGAUCGCAAGCUCUGAAAGACAAUAAGGAAGAGGGAAGAUGAAGUGCCCCGGAACGGUCCUCCUCGUCGCCCUAGGACUGGGACUUGUGCAUGCCUGGGAGUUGACAACUCGCUGCCCUCCAGUCCGGCUGGCAAACGGAAGACUGCGAAGUCGCGCCCGGGGCAGAGUCGUCCGAUUCAGCUGCUUCGAAGGGUACACCCUCGUCGGUAACAAAUACUCAACUUGCAUCCGGGGACAGUGGGACACCCCAGCGCCGGUCUGCGUCAACGCUCUAUGUUCACCCUUGGCAACCCCUGAACACGCUUUGGUGGCUUCGAAAUUCAACGGCGCCGUGUUAAUGUAUUUCUGCGAACCGGGUUACACCCUGGUCGGAGGUACUGAGAUUUACUGCGAUGGUCGACAGUGGAAUAACACGGCUCCAUAUUGUAGAGAUACCAGCGCGGUGGCACCGACGGAGUGCGAUUUCGAGAAGACAGAUUUGUGCUGGUGGGAACAAGAUCCAAAGCACGACUUCGACUGGAAAAGACACAAUUUCGAGACACCUAGUGCUCACAUUGGAACUGGUCCCACAUACGACCACACACUCGGUGCCGGAAACGAUGGUCAUUACUUAUACAUCGAGGCGUCGGGUCGACUGGAGAACGACACUGCGAGGAUAAUCUCACCAAUUUACAACCACGUACUUACAAACGGAGGAUGCUUCACAUUUUGGUACCACAUGUACGGAUCCACAAUUGGCGCUCUUCGGGUUUAUUUUAAACCGGAAACUGAAAGUACACCACGUUUGAUGUUUUCUAAAGAGGGAAAUCAGGGUAACCGAUGGUUGCAAGGCAUGUUUUAUUUGCCUCCAACUCGCCAAAAUUUCCAGAUCAUCAUCGAGGGUGUACGGGGUUCCAGUUACGUCAGCGAUAUUGCCGUGGAUGAUGUCGCCAUUUUGUCCCAAAGUAGCUGUAAGAAGAUACACGAAAACAUGACGUCGGAAAUCGAUGAUGAUCAAACCGAAAUUAAUAAUGCCAUGCAGAGCUGUCGAGGGAGAUGCGGAGCUUCUUUCGAAAACUCGGCAAUGGUUACUCCAUCUACUGCCUGCCAAUGUACACCAGACUGUGCAGAAAGCUCAACAUGCUGUCCUGAUUUCGCAGAAUAUUGUAUUUUAGACGUGACGAAUUUUUCGGACGAAGCCGCAGAAGGAACCACCGGGAUGUUCGUAGGGACUCUUCAAGAUUGGACCGUGGAACCUACGGAAAGUCCAAAAUCACAAACGGUUCGAAUUCAAGAUCCUGUAAAUCCGAAAUACGUCCCUGGACAUAUAAUUCCGACGAAUCCGGCUGACGAUCUCGAACCAAACCCGUCCAAAAUCCCAGAACAAGCGGAAGUGUUUCCGGAAAGACCGCCCGAUAUUGCUGACAAUGCAACGCAAUCGACUUCGACAAUGAGAACAAUACUCGUUGGACCAACGGCAUCAUCGACGACGAGUACAACUUUAACCACAAAAACGACAAAGGCAGUAAUCGACAAAGGCACUACUACCGUAUCAAAAUUAUCAAUGCGGAGCACAACAAUGUCAAAAAUGACUACAAUGUCGGAAACCACGAGAAGCAACGAAGUCGGAAGUCCAACUGAUUUUCAUGCCCUAAAAAUCGAGAAUUCACAACUGCAACAUGGAACGACACUAGGAUUGCCAGGAAUAAUCGGCAUGCUGAUCGGUAUUCUUGGCGGGGUCUUUAUAGUAACGGUCUCGGCAAUUGCGAUUUUUAAAAAACGGAAAAGUUACAAACGAGGUGCCGGGGGAUCGGCACUUUCGGAAGACAGCGACGUCCGAUUUUUGACUUCUGACGAAGUCUUGGAUUUUAAUCUGGCGAAGCCUAUCGACUACGAGGAUCUUUAAAAGUAGUGUUGGACAGAUCCAAUCGUGAAUCUUAGCGCUAGUCACAAUCACUGAGCGAAGGAAAUGCUCAAUACCUGAAACAUGCCAAAUAGAGGCUGCAGAACGGAAUCCAGUUGGUCAGUUUUCGAGGAUGGGUAUUUUUCAUCACUACCGUGUGUACUCUUCGACCGAUUGUGUUAAAAAAGACCAGAGUUUGCUUCCUCAAGGCAUUAAAUUUACCAAGUUACUAAGGAUGACCCUUUACCUUUCUCGUAAACACUUUCAUCAGCAAACAGAAGUACGAAGUUCCAUGAAGUAUUUUGCAAUCUAUGGACAUCGAACGUUUAGUUAACUAGAUAUGUAGAUAAUAAUUUGGAAAUAAGGCUAAGGUGUAAUGCAUUGGUUGCAUGUUAAAUGUAGAAUAAAUAGACGCGAAGUUUGC